AUGACACGAAUAGCCGCAGCACCGCAGGACCUUGUGGGUACACUGACGCGCCAGUGGAUUCACGCGGUAUUGCCGGCGUUCAUCAUUGCAGUCCAGCAGCAUGGCGUGGAGUCGGGCCGCUCGACACGUACUGCGAACGGCCAAGAUCAUGAGCGCAAGAGACAGAGGCAAGACGACAGCAAUCCAUCGACAGCUCGAUCACGCCGCUCGUACUCAGAGUCAGGCUAUACCAAUUCCACACCGCAGCAGUCACCGCCCCCUCCGUAUUCAGGCUUCAGCUACACAUCGUCUUACACGCCAUCGGACCCCAGCAUCAACAGCAAUGAAGAAGUCUGGCGGCACAUCAGUAAGGCCAGAGACGCUGCCGAUCGAAACUUUGAUGCCACCGAGUUUCUCAGUCACGCUUUGCAGAGUGAACUCACCGGCACGCAGCUACGACUCAAGUCAGAAGAUGCCCGUGUCAUCAGCGGUCUGGGCUGUGCGUUGAUCGAUUAUGAGGCCAGACGUGGACUGGAUCUCAAGCGCGCCGCGGACCUGUCCGUGACGUUCAAUGAGCCUCUACGAUCAUUGCACAACCACGCCGCCACUUCGCCAAAACUCCUUCCAUCAGGUCGCUGGGUCUGUGACCGCAACGAAGAUUUCGAGUCGCCAAACAAGCGGGAUACCAUAACAGCUCUUACUAUCGUUGUGUACUGGGAUGCUGAAACUGUCCGUGGUCAGUUGCCGCCCACCGUUCCCUCCGAUAUUUGCUACCAUCUCUCGGUCUGUGUACACUGCAAGCGCCACCGUGGCCUCGUCAUUGAAAUAGAAGACGGAGAAGCAACAAUGAUUUGUGGUACGUAUGAUCUGUAUCUCCAUGCCGCGUCUUGUUGCAUAAAUGGCCUUUAUGCUGACGCCAUUCGAUCAGGCAAUGGAUUCAAUCCGAGGAGCUCAGUCCUUCCGACCAAGCUGAAGAAGUAUCGUAAGAACAUCAUCUUGCUCCUCGAAGAUGGCGUAGACGUCCCCGAGGCUGUCAAAGACCUCAACCUCAAGAUCCUCAGGGUCAAAGGAUAUGACGGCGGCAAAAAAUACACCUUUUUCCAUGUGAAGAAGCGGAAGACGGUGCAGCACGGCGAUCCUCUCCGUGUGGUUCCGGGAAAAAUUGCGAAGACUAAUGCGAACAUCGACAUGGUGUACAACAUGGUGGCCUUCAGCAAACCGCUUGCUUCGCCACAGCACGUAGCGUCUGCUGUAUCGGCUACAACUCCCAUACCAGCGGACAGAACUGCACAAACCAGUCCAACUACACCACGGAUGCCUUCCGACACAUUCGCCUCCUCCCACCCAGCACCAGCUAUUCCCACGAACAGUGUCCCAGCCUCCGGCACUGCACAGGCAACAAACACCACCCAAGCGGCGUCAUCACCGGCUGGCAAUAGCCGUCAUACGAAAGCGACCCCGUUGCUUGGCGGUCUGGGUAUCAGUUCAACUGCAGAUGAUGGUGACGCUGGUUUUGCACACGCCGAGCCUGAGAUGACCGCCGGCGCCGAAGACUCAAGACCACCAGAAGCCGAGCCUAUCCAUAACGCUGACAGCGCUUUCGAAGAACAAGAAGAGGAUGAUGAUGACGAGGAUGGAGGAGUGCAGUUGCUGAUGUGA